UCUAAUUUUGUUAAGAAGCAAAGUUUAGAUAAUGAAACAAUAAAUAAGAGAUCAUAACAGCAAAAGACUAAGCCAAAUGUUUAUGAAGUCAGUUUGUUGUUGAGUCUUACAUGGGAGAUGAGGUUCAUAUAGAGAGUCAGAAGGAUGUAUAAACACAACAUUUUUCUACUUUUAUGUGGCUUAGCUUCCUGUACUGUUGCUUUAGCUAUAGGGAGAGUGUUUGUCAAGACUAAGGUCAGUUUAUGUGGUCCAACGAGACUGGACAUCGGAUGGACGGAUAGGUCACUAGCGUCUUGUGGAGUGAACUGUAUAAAAAGGUAUCAAGGUUAUUGCUACAGUUUUAUGUUCCAUAAUGUCACCAACUUGUGUACUCCUGGUGGUCAGUUGAUGCCUUUGAAGUCAGGGCCGGAUGAAAGGGAAGGUGACCUUUUCGUACUUCUAAGUGAUGACGCAUAUUAUGGGUUUGGUCUUGAAAGCUACAUGUCUGCGACUGUAAACCUGGCAUUCUACCAAAUAGACGUCAACUAUACUCAAGCCAUUGGAGCGUGUCAGUGUCUGAACUCUAGUCUCUAUGCCGCUAAGUCACUUGAUAAGUUCAAUCUCUACGCUCAACUGGUCCAUGGAGUGGCGCACGACACGUGGAUCGGAAUGAACGACCUUGAAACAGAAGGUCGAUUUGUUUGGUCGGACGAUGGUCAACCAUUUGAUACGCAGUGGAUGACCACUUUUUUCCAAUUUGACCAGCCGGACAAUUAUUUAAACGAAGAUUGCGUUGAAAUGCAUUGGGACAAUCAAAAACUGAAUGAUGACAGUUGCAACAAGACUUUUUAUUUUAUCUGUGAAAAACAAUAACAGACCUGGUGGAAAUAUUAUUGGAUGAAAUAGUUCCACCAGAGUAAACCGAUAACAUUUGUUAGGGCAUUUCCAUUGAGCUAUAUCCCGAGUAAGAAUACAGAAAUACGUUGAAAUACUUAGAAGAAAUACAUUAAAAUUAAUUAAAAAUACAUCAUACAAAUACAUGAAAUAUAUCAUUUGUAUGAAAUGCAUCAUAAAAAUAUAUUACAUAAAUUACC